CGUCCGUCCCGUGUGCGUGUCCGGUGUUUCUGCUAGGCCCGCAACGCGCUUUUGGCACAUCUACGAAAAUCUAUGGGGAUUGUCGGUCGUCGUCGCCGCGUCACGUUGGUGGAAUUUGUCGUUCCUGCGUACGCGUAAAGGGCGCCCGGCCGGGUUGGCGCGCCUUUUCCAGCGUUCACCAAUCGAGAAGUAAACAUGCGUCGAACACGACUAUUACUACUCCACUUUCUGGCGCUCAGCCUCCUCCCCUCGUUGGCUCGCGCCGAUGAGCACACUCACAUCUAUGAGGAUGGCGAUGAGGUUGUUCUAUGGAUGAGCACAGUGGGGCCAUAUCACAAUCGUCAAGAGACGUACUCCUAUUAUUCCUUACCGUUUUGUACGGGCACCAAGAACGUUAUCAAUCAUUAUCAUGAGACUCUUUCAGAAGCUCUGCAGGGCAUUGAAUUGAAGUUCAGUGGUUUAGAUAUUGAAUUCAAAGAGGAUAUCUCUAAAACAGAAUACUGCCAGAUAAGUUUAAAUGAAGAAAGCCAAAAGGCAUUUGUAUAUGCAAUAAAAAACCAGUACUGGUAUCAAAUGUACAUUGAUGAUUUACCAAUAUGGGGUGUUGUAGGAGAAUUGGAAAACAAUGAUGGAGUUGCAGUAUCAGAUUCUUAUUAUAUUUGGACGCAUAAAAAAUUUGAUAUCGGAUACAAUGGUAAACAAAUAGUAGAUGUUAACCUGACCAGUGAAAACAAAGUAAAACUUGUACAGGGCGCGCGUAUACCGUUCAGCUAUGAAGUCAAUUGGAAGAAGAGUAACGUUAAAUUUGAGGACAGAUUCGACAAGUAUCUGGAUCCCAAUUUCUUCCAGCAUAGAAUACACUGGUUCAGUAUCUUCAAUAGUUUUAUGAUGGUGAUCUUCCUUGUUGGGCUUGUAUCUAUGAUUCUAAUGCGUACCUUGAGAAAGGAUUAUGCUCGAUACAGUAGAGAUGAAGAAAUGGAUGACAUGGAGAGAGAUUUGGGCGAUGAGUACGGUUGGAAACAGGUCCAUGGAGACGUGUUUAGACCUGCGAGUCACGCUAUGCUCUUCUCAGCUCUCAUUGGUGCAGGUUAUCAGGUCACAGUGGUCGUACUAAGUGUAAUCAUUUUUGCUAUUCUGGGCGAGCUUUAUACGGAACGCGGCUCAAUGCUAUCCACAGCGAUAUUCGUGUAUGCUGCCACGUCGCCCAUCAACGGUUACGCAGGCGGCGGACUGUAUGCUCGGAUGGGUGGACGCGUGUGGAUCAAACAGAUGAUCCUCAGCGCGUUUAUGCUGCCGCUCAUGGUUUGCGGCACCGCAUUCUUCAUCAACUUCAUUGCCAUGUAUUAUCAUGCCAGCCGAGCGAUACCCUUUGGAUCGAUGGUUGCGGUGACGUGUAUCUGCAUAUUUGUGAUAUUACCAUUGACACUAGUAGGCACGAUUCUUGGGCGAAAUCUUGCCGGGACACCGGACGCUCCGUGCCGUGUGAACGCGGUGCCUCGACCUAUACCCGAGAAGAAGUGGUUCAUGGAGCCGCUGGUGAUCAUAAUGCUCGGCGGAAUCUUACCCUUCGGUUCGAUCUUCAUUGAAAUGUACUUCAUCUUUACUUCGUUUUGGGCAUACAAGAUCUACUACGUAUACGGUUUUAUGCUACUAGUAUUCGUUAUUCUCAUGAUUGUGACGGUGUGCGUCACUAUUGUAUGUACAUAUUUCUUGCUGAACGCUGAAGACUAUCGAUGGCAAUGGACGAGCUUUCUUGCAGCAGCUUCAACGGCCGGUUAUGUCUACAUUUAUUCCUUUUAUUACUUCUUCUUCAAAACCAAAAUGUACGGUCUCUUCCAAACGGCAUUUUACUUUGGUUACAUGGCGUUGUUCAGCCUGGCCUUGGGCAUCAUGUGCGGAACGGUCGGAUAUAUCGGCACCAACGCAUUCGUGCGAAAGAUAUACUCCACGGUCAAGAUAGAUUAAAAGUAUAUCUAAUUAAAGUAUCAUUCGUAUUGUGGAUUACGCAAUGUAAUUCCUGCAUGGCGCGCGACGUCUCACUGCUCUCGUCGAAAUGAAGCACACACUUCUUCAUUUAUCCGUCUGUCGAAAGCAGUCCGUCAGGCCGCUCGAGAGUGUGAUUUUUGUUUUUCAGCUUUUACGCUCGUCAUCGACUUAACUUAUAUCGUCACAUGCAAUGUGUGUCUUCAACAUAUUCUUCCAACGGAAUUCAUGCCGUCGCGCAUUUUUAGUCAGAUAUUCGAACGAUGUCUUCAUCCUGCAUUCGUUCGUCAAUCUUUUUCUUUCGAGUUGCUGUUUGAUGCAAGUAAAAAUGCGCUGUAAACGGAUCCUACAAUAUUAGUACACGAGCGUGUAUCGCAGUUGCAGUCAUUUGUCAAUAAAACAAUACUUGUAAGUAUUAGUUGUGGAUUCCAUGUGAAUCUGAAUAAUUAUACGAAUGAAAAAUUCGCAGUUGUGCAAAUUUGACUUUGUUAUAACAUUUUAUUGAGUAUGCUGGUAAAUUUAAUCAACAAUA